UCUCUCUCACCGCCCUCUUCUUUGUCAGGCAGCCGGCAGGGUCUCUCCCCCACCGUCUCUCACUCUCUGUUUACUAAGCCGCCGCGGCCGGCGGCCGGCAGCCGUCUGGGAUUGUCACUCAUUCUCUCUCCUCUCCGCCAUUGCCGCUCUCUCUGAGUUCCAGAAGUUUGUUUCUCUUCGCCAGUUUUUUUAUUGUUCCCUCUUUUCGCAUAAUUGUCAUACAAAGUUCUCUGUCUCUCUCGCCUUCUCCCUUGUUCGAGUGUCAAACAGCACGCGGCCGGAACUCUCUUGGACCCAACGAGCAAAUUCGACGAAGAAUUGAAAUGGAAGAAGUUACAUUUGAUCACAGGUCGAAAGAGAAGAUUUUCAAGAUUUUUGAAGAAUUCAUGGCUAGUGUUGCGAAGCUCGAGGAAUUGGGGACUCUAGGAAGCGAGUUUCUUUCUGGCUUUCAGCAAGGGCUUGAGCUUCUUCGACGACCUGCUAUAAAUAGAUCAUCAAAAUUGAUUGAGGAUGUCAUAGAAACUAACAAUACGGAGAAUCUUAAAUCAUACUUUGAAGCUGGAUGCAUCAACACUCAUGAUGGUGUCCAAAGUACAAAAAAGUUGCAUACAUGCCGGAUUGGACUGGAUGAUCAUUUGAAAAAAGCAAGGAGCUUAAUUGAUGAACUCGAACACCUACUCAAUAAUGCGAAUAUUGCAUUGGAAACUGAAAAUUCACCGCGUGCUUCAACUGUCUCCGAUGAAGAUGUAGAAUUGGAUGAAGAAGAAGCAACCGUUCCAGAUGAGAAACUUGAUGCUAAUGAAUAUGCUUUAUUUAUGGGGAUCAUCAAAUUUAUGGUCAAGAAAGACUACAUAAUGCAGGAGAAGAUUAUUUCUGGUCUAAGUCUCAAAUCAUCCUCCGGGGAACUCGAAACGUACUGCGUCAUGUGGUCGCUACGACCCUAUAUUGACGAUGAAAUCAUACGUCGAGCUUGGAAGCUCGUUCUGUGACUGGUAACAACUCUCUCUGUGAAUGAUUUUGUCUUUGAGAUAUCAAUAGCUUGCAGUAAGUUCAAUAGCCAAAGGCUGAUAAUUGUGGUUUCUUUUAAAUCAAUAUCCUCCCCGGGAGCAUCAGAAUUUGAAAGUUAGACAGCUUAGUUGAUCUUGUGAUUAUGCUUUUUUACAGAUUGAAUGGAAUUUUUUUCAUUAUGAAGUUUGUAAAGAAUGACUUAUAUUACAGAUAUAUGACAUAAAUGCAUA